AGGGAGGAUCUUUAUCUCGCUCCACCCAAAACCAAUAAAACCAAAUGCCAAAAUGAAAAUGAGAAUAAGUCCCAUUUUCCUUCUCAUCGUCUUCUUCUUCUUCUCUCGCUGAAAGCUCUAAGGAAGAGCAAAAAAAACAAAAACCCUAGAGCUUCAAGAAACUGUGAAAUCGAGAUCGGUGAUCGGUUUUGCGAGCGUCUGAAAUUGGAAUUCGACGGUUGUGAUUGAGUUUGGGAGAUCGAGAUACGGAUGCUCUGCUUCUUGAUUGAGGAUUCGUGCGGUGGAAGUUUCCGGUUCGGUGGAUUUUGCUUGGUAGGAAGGUUUCUCUGAGUAGGAGUUUCCCAUGUCGGCUUCGUGUGAGAAAUGGAUCGACGGUCUCCAGUUCUCGUCGCUGGUCUGGCCCCCGCCACAUGAUGAACAGCAGCGGCAGGCACAAAUUGUGGCCUAUGUUGAAUAUUUUGGUCAGUUCACCUCGGAACGAUUUCCAGAAGAUGUUGCUGAGCUAAUUCAACACUGUUAUCCAUCCAAAGAAACACGUCUUUUGGAUGAAGUAUUAGCAACCUUUGUUCUUCAUCAUCCAGAGCAUGCACAUGCCGUUGUCCAUCCAAUUCUUUCAUGUAUAAUUGAUGGGACAUUGGUGUAUGAUAAGAAUGAUCCUCCCUUUUGUUCUUUCAUUUCUUUAGUCAGCCCUAGUAGUGAGAGGGAAUAUUCUGAGCAAUGGGCUUUGGCGUGUGGGGAAAUUUUACGGGUGUUAACUCACUACAAUCGCCCAAUUUACAAGGUUGAGUGUCAGAGUAGUGAAACAGACAGGAGCAGCAGUGGUGACCAUGCCACAACAAGUGAUUCUCAGGGAGAGGAAGGUUGCCAAUCACCUCUGCAGGAACGGGAGAGGAAACCAUUAAGGCCUCUAUCUCCCUGGAUUACUGACAUAUUGCUUGCUGCACCCUUGGGUAUUAGAAGUGACUAUUUCCGUUGGUGUAGUGGGGUCCUGGGCAAAUAUGCAGCUGGUGGAGAACUCAAACCACCAACAACUGCUUAUGGUCGUGGAUCAGGAAAGCAUCCCCAGCUUAUGCCUUCAACUCCAAGAUGGGCUGUGGCAAAUGGAGCUGGUGUUAUAUUAAGUGUUUGCGAUGAAGAAGUUGCUCGUUACGAAACUGCUAAUUUAACCGCAGCUGCUGUUCCUGCACUUUUGCUUCCUCCUCCAACAACUGCUUUAGAUGAGCAUCUGGUUGCGGGGUUGCCAGCUCUUGAGCCAUAUGCUCGCUUGUUUCAUCGGUACUAUGCAAUUGCUACUCCAAGUGCUACCCAAAGGCUUCUGGUUGGACUUUUGGAAGCACCACCAUCAUGGGCUCCAGAUGCACUGGAUGCAGCUGUGCAACUUGUGGAACUCCUUAGGGCAGCUGAGGAUUAUGCAUCUGGAAUGAGGCUUCCACGAAACUGGAUGCAAUUGCAUUUCUUGCGUGCAAUUGGGACUGCAAUGUCUAUGAGAGCAGGUAUUGCUGCAGAUGCUGCAGCAGCUUUACUUUUCCGCAUACUUUCUCAGCCUACCUUGCUUUUUCCUCCACUAAGGCAUGCUGAAGGAGUUGACAUCCAGCAUGAACCUCUGGGUGGCUAUAAUUCAUUCUAUAGAAAGCAGAAGGAAGUUCCUGCUGACGAAGCCACAAUUGAGGCAACUGCUCAAGGGAUUGCUUCAAUGCUAUGUGCACAUGGCCCUGAGGUUGAAUGGAGAAUUUGCACCAUCUGGGAAGCUGCUUAUGGCCUGCUUCCUUUAAGUUCAUCGGCUGUUGAUUUGCCUGAAAUUGUGGUUGCAACACCGCUUCAACCUCCUGUUUUAUCAUGGAAUCUUUAUUUACCACUCCUUAAGGUGUUAGAGUAUCUUCCUCGAGGGAGCCCGUCUGAAGCAUGCUUGAUGAGGAUUUUUGUAGCUACAGUGGAAGCGAUUCUACGACGAACAUUUCCAAUGCAAUCCUCCAGGGAACAAAGCAGAAGAUCAAGAUACCAUUGUGGUAUUGGAUCUUCCUUUAAGAACCUUGCUGUUGCUGAGCUUCGUUCAAUGGUCCAUUCACUAUUUCUGGAUUCAUGUGCUUCUCUAGAACUCGCCUCCCGCCUGCUAUUUGUCGUGUUAACCGUUUGUGUCAGUCAUGAAGCCCUGCCCAAUGGGAGCAAGAGGCCAACAGGUGGUGAAUCUCAUCCUUCUGACGACGAACAGCAUAUAAUAAAUGGUAACCGAACAGACAUGAGAACUAGAAAAAGGAAAAAGCAAGGCCCUGUGGCCACCUUUGAUUCCUAUGUUCUGGCUGCUGUUUGUGCUUUGGCUUGUGAGCUACAGCUGGUCCCUUUGAUUUCAAAAGCAAGCAAAUGUUCAGAUCCUAAAGAAUCCCUUAGCUCAUCAAAGGCUCCAAAAAUUAAUGGAACUUCUAACCAGUUACGAAAUGGUAUUUCGUCAGCAGUUCGUCAUACUCGUAGGAUCUUAGGAAUUUUAGAAGCACUCUUUUCAUUGAAGCCAUCUUCUGUUGGUACAUCAUGGAGUUACAGCUCGAAUGAGAUUGUUGCCGCAGCUAUGGUUGCUGCUCAUGUUUCUGAACUGUUUGGACGAUCAAAGGCCUGUAUGCAUGCUCUCUCUGUUCUGAUGCGAUGUAAGUGGGAUAAUGAGAUCUACACCAGAGCAUCUUCACUUUAUCACCUCAUCGACAUUCAUGGCAAAGCGGUUGCAUCCAUUGUUGAUAAGGCGGAACCACUAGAAGCACACUUAAUACGCGCACCACUUUGGAAGGAUGCUCCAGCAUGUGAGAAUGGUAGCAAACAAAUAAAAUUUUCAAACAGUAACAGCUGUGAAUCGGAGCCUCCAUUGACCCAACAGCAUCAAGGCGAUAAUGAUUUGGCCCAAAAAGGAACAUUUCUAAAAUCUGAGAAAUCUCUGCUUUUGACUGAUGAUAUGCUAAAUAACUCGGGGAAAAGUAUCACAAGUUUGCCAGUGGAUGCAUCGGACUUGGCCAAUUUUCUUACAGCAGACAGGCACAUUGGAUUUAAUUGUAGCGCUCAAGCUCUUCUAAGAUCUGUACUUGCAGAGAAGCAAGAAGUAUGUUUCUCAGUUGUUUCAUUGCUCUGGCACAAGUUGAUUUCAACCCCGGAAACACAAAUGAAUGCUGAAAGUACGUCUGCCCAACAAGGUUGGCGCCAGGUAGUUGAUGCCCUAUGUAAUGUUGUAUCGGCAUCACCGACAAAGGCAUCAACUGCAGUUGUUCUUCAGGUGCGAUAUCCGUUUAUUUGUAAAUUCUUUGGUGUCAUGAAAGUUCUUGGUUUUUUAACCAGAUAUCCAAUCACUUCAUUGUUUUUAGUCACUUUGUGGGCAUGUUUCCUUGGACAGGCAGAAAAGGAUUUGCAGCCAUGGAUUGCUAGAGAUGAUGAACAAGGUCAGAAAAUGUGGAAAAUCAACCAGAGGAUUGUAAAAUUAAUGGUGGAGAUCAUGAGGAACCAUGAUAGCCCAGAAGCAUUAAUAAUUUUAUCAAGUGCUUCUGAUCUUCUUCUCCGUGCGACUGAUGGAAUGCUUGUCGACGGAGAAGCUUGUACUUUACCACAGCUAGAGCUCCUGGAAGCCACAGCUAGUGCAGUUCAACUUGUGCUUGAUUGGGGAGAAUCCAGCUCAGCUGUUGCCGAUGGCCUUCUAAAUUUGUUGAAGUGCCGUCUACCAGCUACCAUCCGUUGCGUUUCUCAUCCAAGUGCACAUGUGCGUGCUCUUAGCACAUCCGUUCUUCGGGAUAUCUUACACAUCGGCUCAGUGAAGUCCAAUUGUAAACAAGAGGAUGUAAAGGGCGUCCACAGUCCCGCUUACCGAUACUUAACUGUAGGCAUCAUUGACUGGCAUGCAGACAUUGAGAAGUGCUUAGUAUGGGAAGCUCACAGCAGGCGUGCAACUGGCCUGCAACUGGCAUUCCUUGAUGCUGCUGCCAAGGAAUUAGACUGUGUCAUUUCCUACUGAGACCUCUUCGGUGUCCUCGUCAAACUUGUGUUGUUGCCUACAUGAUUACAUGGGUAGCUAGUGAAUUCUCAUUUGACACACAAGUUAGGCUUCUAUUGCAUAUGGAGGAACUCGAACAUGCAAAUUGUUAGUCCUAACACAUUGGUUUGAAGAAUGUGGAUAGGCUAAAGAAGCAGUCACAACAUUUUCUUGUAGAUAUGACGAAGCACUCUCUUUCCCAUCAUUCUAGUCCUUUACACCAAAGGAUGAUCUGCAAUAGAGAAUAGAGAUGGGGCUGUAUCUGGGUUGUUUAUUUCUGUAUGCUAAAUUAUAUGUCAUAAACAUGAAUCCCACCAUAGAUUUUAGAAGUUGGUGAGCUAUAAUCAGGGCCUGAUAAUGGGAAUUGGGCAUGCAGCCUGCAUCAGCGAGAACAGGUUGCAGCUCUAUUCUAAGACAGAUUAUACAAUUAUAUAUGAGAGUGCCAUUCUUCAGGUUUCAAUGAUUUUUGAAUAUGUAAUACUUUGCUGUACCAACAAGAGGUGUUUUCUCUUCAAUUUGUACACUAAGAUAUAAGCUUGAGUUUUUAGUAAAUUCGGGUUUCUUUUA